CUGAAUCUUCUCACCCCAACGAGCUCCUGGAGUACCUGACAACGAACUCGUCAAUAGCGCAGGUAUUUGGCAGGACUCCCACUGACUGGCCACCACGGACUGGAUCCCAGGUGGACCUUCGGACAUCUGGACACAUGGAAUAACAGGACACGUACAUUGCAUUCUGGAUUAUGACAGUGGAGUUAUAAGGUGUAGGGAGGCAGGAUGGAUGGGACCGACGCUGAUGGGGAGUGGAGUGACGACGAUGGAGUCAAGUCAGGUUCCGUCACAGCUCUUUCGGACAAUGAACCAGAUGAUAUCCAAACGUCAUUGAAGAUCACCACGACAAUCACAACGUCACCAGGCAACCACAAGAUAGACCCUGUUCAUGCGAUCCUAGACAAGAUAGAUGCCGAGCUGGGAGCUAUAGCAACUGCCAACAAUAUCACUACCUUCAGUCAACCCCAAAGUGUCAAAAUAUCUCCUUUUCCCACUGUGGACCGAUUCCGGCUUGAGGCCCAGGGUGUGGUGUUUGACACCACUGAUGAGCUGAAUCAACGGGACAAGCUAGUUUUAGGUCACAUACGUGGGGGGAGCUCCGACCGGGAUACAGGUGUUGGAACAGGAAGUGUACAGGAUGAUGCUGGCUCGGAACACAAGAGGAUUGUGGGCAGUGCUCAGGUUUACAGCGAUGUAGGGAACCUGACCGAUGUCCAUACAGAUGGUAGGAGAGGAGCCAAGCUAGCAGCGCCACUGGAAGACGACCACCGUGGCGAGGAUGGCCACAGCGACCUUGACUCCCUGGCCGCCCAGCAGAUAGAUGAGAAGUUCAAGGAGAUCAUGCGCAAGAAGCGAGGUGGUUAUCUGGAUGACUUGAAAGCCCGCAUACCCAGACCAGGUAGUGACCGUGACACGGUCAACUCUGAGGAGGGGGUGGUCACUCGGCCGACAGGUCCAGCCGACCUGCCGCCACACCCAAAUCACGUGUCAGUCUUGAGCCGGCCACCCAAACUCAAACACCACUUGCCUCGUCCCUACACAGGUUAUGCCAGUGACUUAGAAUCUGUAAAAACUGAGGAUUUUGAAAGUCGUUUUCAGGAUCUAAUGAUUGGCCAAACUUCGAAGGAUACAUCCAGCAAGUUAAAAACUCUUUCAAAAAAACUUGCGAAUCGAGAAUCGCGAGAAACCCAGGUGCAAUCAAAUAUGAACCACAGUGGUGGUUUCUCAUAUCCUAAACCAACUGAGGAAUCAAAAAGUUUCCCUUUGGCAAGAUUAUUCUCAAGUUUUCAAAAUAAACCUGCAAAUGAUCUGACGCUAAGGAAGUCUCCCUAUAGUUCCUUGCCAGCACCCGACUCCAGGAGUACCACCGAUAUUAUCAAACUGCCACGCCCUCGAAGUGUUAGUCCUGCCAGGUUAAGGCCUGAGAAGAGAAUUGUGAGCGUGUACGAGGAGGACAGUGUGGAUGAGACUUGUCGUGAGAUCGAGCGAGAGACGGCGAGAAUACGGCAAGAGAUGGAACGAGAGAGGAGAUCGCACUCAGUCUCCCCAACCAACCAUCUCCGAAGUUCCAGCACCUCUCCAGUCCGAGCUGGCCCUAUAGGAGUGAGUUCACCUGAGACUAUGAGGAAGGUGUACACCACGAGCCGGGAUGGAGCAGGGAAGAGGCAGACACAAGCUGAGGAAGAGGAGAGAGAGGUGCUGACACAGGAGAUUAAGACACUCCGCCAGGCACUCCAUGCAUCUCGGCUGGAGCUGAGGGAGGCGGAGACAUCGCUCAAAGGCACGCGAGAGAAGUCUGAGGAUGCCCGAACCCAGCUGAUGCUGACGGAGUUCAAGCGCACGACGGCCAUGAAGGACCUGGAGCGGGUCAUGGAGGACAUGGAGAGGAAGAAGAACGAAGCCAGGAACUUCGAGAGUCAGAUCAAGGUGAAGCAGGGCGAGGUGCGGGACAUCCAGUCUAUAGCAUCAGUCAAGGAAGAGCUCCGGGCAGUACAGGAAGUGAACUCGGACCUGCGUGUGAAGGUGCGGAGUUCGGAGGGCAUGCAGUUGGAGCGGGACGAGCUGGUCCGGCAGCUGGAACAGACCAAGGACGAGCUGUUCAAUGAGCAGAAGCAGAGUCGGAUGCAGAAGGAAGAGCUGCAGGAUGAGGUGGAGACACUGAUGGGCAGGAUGGAGGAGACCCAGGGGAGCCAGGACGAUGUCCAUAACAAACUGAUGUCUCUGGAGGCUGCCUACAGAACAAUGGAAAAAUGCAAGGAUGAAAUUAUACAGGAGAAGAGUCGUGAACAGGAGGAGAUGAAGACGCGGUACAAGCGCGAGAGUCGGGAGAACAAGCGUAUGGCAGAGCAGGAGAAGAAGGUGCUGCAGCAGGAGGUGCUGGAGCUCAACCACAAGUUGGGGCAGGUGCAGGAUGAGCUCAACAAGAAGGACGACAGCGACCUCAGAGUCAGAGAUCAGCUGAUUGAGCUGCAGCAGGAGCUGGCCAAGGAGAAGGAUGCCCGUGACGCCAUCGCCGAUGACCACAAGCGAGUCCUCCAGACUCUCAGGAAAGAAACGUCUGGAAAUAUUUGGAAAGACUGUGCGAUUAUGAAGCUGCGUGAGUCGAUGUUUCUGGAGAAGCAGCAGGCAUUGGAGAUGUGCCGGUCAGAGAUGGAGCAGGAAAAGAGAGAUGCUUCCAGCAGAGCGGAUGAGCGGAUGUCGGUCCUCAUGGCUGAACACUCCACCCUGCUGGCUGAGAAGAAUGAGGAGGUGUGUCGACUGCAGGACCUCAUCAAGGGGCUGGAGGAGGAGAGACAGCAGACGGAGUUCAAGGUCCAGGAGGAGAUAACUCUGCAGGUGCGGGAUGCAGUGGGACGAGAGCGGCAGGUUCUGGAGACUGAGAAGGAAUGGUUCUUGCGUCGUGAGAAGGAGGCGAUCACAAUGGAAACAAAGCAGAGGCUAAAUGAGCUGACAGUGGAGGUCGCAAGGGAGAGACAACUCAAGGAGGAUCUCCUGCAGCAAGUUCAGGUCCUCAGGAAUGAGCUGGACACACAGAGGCAUCAGAACCGUCAGGCCACCAAGGACAAGGUGUUUGCUGUAGCUCGGGCCAAGGACAUGGUUCGCGACCAAAACAGUGCCGAGCUGGAGAGAAUCAAGGACAAGGUCAAACAGGACAACCAUCGGGAGAUGGAACGACUGCGGGAACAGAUCAAAUCGAUGGAGGAGGAGGUUCGGCAGCUGAAGGCGGAGAAACAACAGAUGAACCGCUCCGAGCGGGACACCACGUCAGCCCUGGAGCGUGCCGAGAGAACGGUGGUCAACGAAGUGAAUGAGGAGUGUCGCCGGAGUGCUGGCGUGCUUGGCAUUGCACCCAGAAGAGUCAAUCAGGGGAGUGUUAAUGGCACCAGCAGCCCUGUUCCCUUCAGCAGCCUCAACUCAGGCAAAUAUAGGACACCCAUCACUGUGGCGCUGGCUAACCUGCGGGCCUGCAACGAGGAGCUGCGGGGUCACGUGGCUGACCUGAAGCAAGAGCUGGAGACUCAUCGCAGCCUGCUGCAGAAGACCCAGAGAGACAAGGAUGAAUCACUAGACAACCUUAGAAGAGAUUUAGAAAAAGAGAAGAAUAUAGAAUUAGAAAGUUUAAAAGAGCGAUUAUUUAGGGAUCAUGUAGAUGAGACUAACAAAGCGAGCCUGCUGCGCCAGGCCCCCACUGACAUCAUUGACAUGAAGAGAAAUAUACACCACUGGAAGGAGGAGACAACCGAUAAAUAUGUCCGCAAAUUUGAGGAGGAGUUGAACAAACAACUUGAAAUACAACAGCGACAGCACUGGAACAUCCAGCGUGAACUGCGGGAUCGGAACGAGCGACAACAGAAGGAGAUCGAGAAACUAGAGAAGGAAAUUCAUAAAGUGGCCUUGACUCAAGAUCGGUAUGUUAGCCCCGUGAGGAGCACCCUCCAACACAAGUUCCAGGGAGAUAACUCUCUACAAAGAUCCAAAUACUUCUCCACGGCUUUGUCUGUGCCUGACUUGUCCAACCCAGCCCACUACAGACAGACACAUUCUCGCAGCGUAAGUCCAACACGAGAACAUGUUGUGGUUACCACCCUUGAAGAGCGGUUCAAGACAGCGGAGAAGGACGCGGCUCUGGCGGAGCAGCACACACGACAGAACCAGGCGGCUCUGUCACAGAAGAUGACGGAGAUGAAUAAACUGCAGAACACACUGUCAAAUCAAACCAAGGAGCUGAUGGAUCUGGAGCGUGCAUACAGCCACCUACAUCGGCAGUACAACCAACGGCCGUCAUCCCCAACCCGCAUGUUUACUGCCUCCAGAUAGUUCUCCACCAACCAUACAACCAUUGUGAUACAAUCUCUACACCCUUCCUGUAGCAGUCUGUCUUCAAGCCAGCCAACACCUGCUUUAAAUGUUUCAUCUACCUGGGACUUCACAUUGCUGACUGUACUCCAUACAGUGAUAUCAGGCAGCACUCUAGUUAUCGUGUUAGUAACAGAUGCAGUGUGAAGGAGCUGUAGUGGAAAGGGAGACAACUUCUACUUCCUGAUUUACAUGUUAUAUUUGUUUAGAUUCUUAUAUAUCAUUUCCUUAGUGUCCAUUGUUAUAUGUCUUAUUAGGGAAUAUCUUGUGAUGUUGAAUACUCAAGACACACAAGGAGUUUAUCGUGUAUCAUUUGCCCAAUUUCGAAAGCAUAGUCUUGACAUGCUGAAUCCAGGUAGGGCUAUUUGGUAGCAAACAAUGUUUCAAUUCAAGUGCAGCUGGCAGGGUGCCCUAUCACAAAAGCGUAGUGCUUUUAUUCCUGAUCUUCAGCAGUGCUAAACGAUAUCAAACCAACUUCUUCUAGAAAUGAAAAAGAGUUGAGUGUUUUUGCAACUUGGCCCCAAACUCACAUACAUAGGAGUUAUAUUCACUCCAACAUUUUGAACUGUAAUGUUUCAAUACAAAUGUCCUUGCACUGAUAUGAUAGUAUACACUGUCUGUGUUGUCAUAGGUUCCAUUGCUGUAACUUGUAGCCAUUUCUAAUUUUCUAUUAGUUCUAGGAAGUCAUGCACUAACAUUAUUUAAAGUUAUACAAAACAUAUUUAUCAUCUCAAAGCCUUUGAAUACCAUAUUUGCCUUUAAGCAACCUGCUUCAAUAAUCACUCACUGACUCACUUCUAGACCUACAUGAGCCAAGUAAUCGUGUUUACAUGGCAUCUGUUACUUGCCUGUGAGAAGACACAUAUUGUAUUGAAGAUACAGCUGUGUAGAUGGGAUGCAUAUUAUUCACACAGACAUUGACUUUUUUCCAAAAGGGAACACAUCAUUGUGGCUUGUUACACCAGAAAUCUCAUGUCAACAAAUUCAUUGUCAGUUUCCAGGGUGGUUAUUAAUUAUGACAAAUAUGGUAUAUUCUGUGGUUUCUAUGCUGCUAUCAUGACAUGAACUCCGAAGAUAAAGAAGUUUAAUUAGAAAAAAAACUUGUGGAAGCCUGUUAACAUUGCCUUUAACAGCAUUGCAGCCAUUUAUUUGGAUAUUUGUUUCCCUUACAACUAUGCAUAAAGCUAACUCAUAAAUUGUAGACAUAAUAUAUGUAUAUUCCUUUUUGUGUUACAAAUUCAUCAUAUUCAUUAUUUGACAAAGUAAUUUUUCAUUUGCCUUAAAUUAAGUCCAAUGUUUCUUAUCAACUUAACACGUAUAGUACUAACUAGACUAUAAGUUUGUAAUUAUUUGAAGAACUACCAGCAGUAUUAUUGUUUGGACAAAGCUGAAAUCAGUUGUCUAGCAAGCAUGACGCCUGAUGCAGUAUUAAAUGUACAGGAGAAUUUGGUUUGUGGUUUGGCUUCUUAGUGUUUGAGCGUUUGUAGUUUUGUUCGGCUUUGGAGAAAAUUAUGUAACCCUACUCCUUAUGUUAGCAUUUGGAAAAGCAUGUCACUUAAUAUAAGACUGGGAAAAAGCAAUGAUUAUUCAAUAUUAUGUUAUAUUCCAUAGAUUAUGGAGGCAAAAUAUGAUAUUAAAUCAUCUGGACAAGAAACUUAAGAUAUCUGUUACGUCUUGACUUGAGGAACAGGGUUCUGGGCGGUUUGUUAUAUCUGCUACAUCAGGUCAAUAUCACUUCUAGUUUUUUUGGCCAGGCAAUUAACAUGGUUGUCAAAAGUUUAAUGACUGAAAAGACAUUCUGAGAAACAACAGAAGUUUUCAGGAUGGCAUUGUCUGUUGAUACUACUAGCUCUAGUUCCUCAGAGAAAUUCUGGCAAUGAGAGAAAUUACAGCCAGUUAGUUUUGAAAAAAACUUAUUUUAGCUGACGUGUUUUUUUCCCAUUUUUCAAAAGGUAUUGAUUAUGUAAAACUUGCAAAUUGAAAACAUGUUUAUGAAAUAAGUUUAUUUCAAACAAAAGUGAACCUUUUAUCUGUCCAGUUUGAUAAUUAUUUUGUUAUUUAUGGCAAAUUGUUGUACAGUGAGAUAAGAAUGAGUCACACAUACACUUUCCAAGUUCCAUAUUUCCAAACUAGCUAUCCAUAGGGGGUCUAUAUGUGACCAACUUGAUGAAAUGGAUGAAGUAUUUAUUGAAUAAACAUCAGACACAUCAUUCAGGCACAUGGUAAAUACAUAUAUCUUCUUAUACACAUCACUCUGUAGCUUGAGAAGAACUUGCAUGAAAGUGCAGCAUUUAUAUAUUAUCAACAUACUUAUCCAAUCAGUAUCCGUCCAUCUAGAAGUGAUGUCAUAUAGACCGAGCUGUGAUAAUGUGUAUAGCCCCCUGCUGCUGUAUCCUAUAUACUUGUAUAUUGCAUUUACUCUGAAAUCAACUCUGAUCUGUGAUGUCUCAAGUCCGUCCAUCAGUCAGACAUAUACUCAUGUUGAUAAUCCUGUGAUUGUAACCUUUAAUAUAUAUAUAUAUAUAUGUUGAAAUAUUGUUGUAUAUGUUUCUUAUGUGUACCUAUAUGUAUAAUAUACAUGUAAAAAUAAAUCAGUUUAAACAAA